AUGCGGGGACAGAAACCUGAUGUGGAACAGCUGCUGAGACAGUCUCAGACCGAGCUGCUGUGGAUCCGAAGACAGCUGUCAAUCAUUGCAGCUCGGAACGCCAGUCAUGCUCGGGCCAGAGACAAGCUGAAGCACGAGGUCCUGCCUCUCCACCUGUCUAACGUGAACCGAUUCCGCCUUCUGGAGGAGACGAACCAAACGCUGAAGACUGAGGUGGCUACACUGAGACAGCAGAAGCAGCUCUACAAAUCGCUAGAAACAGAAGUGAGUGAGAGGAGGAAGAGGUGUCAGCUUCUUGAGAAGGAGGUGAAGAACAAGAUCUCAGCAUGUCAGAGUUUAAAGCAUGAGCUCCAGCGGGCAAGACAAGAGAGGAAACGCCUCAAUCUCCAGCUGUUCCAUCACAGCCUGAAGGUGGAGCAAUACGAGGAGGUAAAGUCAGACUAUGAACAGCUCAGAGAGACGUUGGCAAAUGUAAGUGAGCAGAGGGACACAGCAAGACGGGAAAAGGAUGAGCUCCAAGUCAAACUGGAGAAUCUUGAGCAGGCCCUAAAGUGUAUGUGCAAGGCUGCAGAAGCAAGGCAGCAGCUGGAGGCAGAGCAUGAACAGGCCCUGGAGAUCCUUAGCUCCACACAGCAGGAGAUCCAGCUUCUGCGAAAGGCUCAGGCUGAUGCUGAGAAAGAGCAUGAAGAAAAGGUUCAUCUGUUAGAGAUCAAAGUUCACAACCUGGAACAGAAAUGCCGGACUCAGAGUGACAAGUGUAACAUUUUGUCCAAAGAGUUGGAGAAAUUUCACUUGGGUUUGCACACCGAUCCUGAGUGCUGGCCAGAAACCACCACGUCACACAGAGGAAUCUAUAACCUCCUCCAUGAGCUGCAGAGUCGCACUGGGAAAGGUGAUGAGAGAUCUGUAGGUUCUCCGCUAAUCUCUGAGCUCCUCCAGCCACUGCAGGUCAGCAGAGACACACCUGAGACACCGUUGCACAUUGACAUCGCCAUAACAGCAAGACCCCAAUCACUGAACACCUCAGAGAUGGAUGAUGAGGUGAGUCCAGCUCCAAGGUCCAAGGCACGAUACACAGGACAGGUUCGUCUCUGCACGGCCCGCUACAGUUAUAAUCCUUAUGAUGGACCCAAUGAGCAUCCUGAGGCUGAGCUGCCUCUCGUUGCUGGGAAAUAUCUCUAUGUGUAUGGAGACAUGGAUGAUGAUGGAUUCUAUGAAGGAGAGCUACUAGAUGGCCAGCGUGGCUUGGUCCCUUCUAACUUUGUGGAGUUUGUCCAAGACAAGGAGAAACUAUCUGUGGAUGGGGCAGAGGAUCACAGUCAGCUGGAGCAUGGCUAUUUAAGCCUGACAGCCAUAGAUGGAGGUGUUUCUCUGGACAGCCUAAGUAUUGACACUCUCGGGCCCUGCAGUAACGGGACUGGCACUUUUGAUACUGAGGAACUGGCUGAUGACGUUGUGCCUUACCCGAGAAAAAUCAACUUAAUCAAACAGCUGGCAAGGAGCAUCAUCGUGGCUUGGGAGCAACCUCUAUUGCCCCUCAGUUGGGGCAACAUCAAUGCCUACAAUGUUUUAGUGGACGGGGAGGUGCGUGCCACUGUGCCCUUCAGUGGCAGGACCAAACUCCUGGUGGAGAAGCUGGAUCUGGCAGCCUGCACAUAUCGUGUGUCCGUGCAGAGCGUGACGGAUCGAGGCCUGUCGGAUGAGCUCCGCUGUACCAUGCUGGUGGGACGGAACGUCACGGUGGCCCCAACGGGCCUGCGCUUGGACGACAUCAUGCGUGACUCAGCAGAGCUCUCCUGGCUCCCCAGCAACAGCAACUACUCCCACACAGUGUUUUUGGAUGGAGUUGAGCAUGCUAUGGUGAAGCCAUGCUGUUACAGACUGCGCUUCAGCAACCUGAAAGCCACCACUGUGUACAAGGUGAAGGUAGUAGCCAAGCCACACCAGGUGCCCUGGCACAUGCCACUGGAACAGCGAGAAAAAAAGGAGGCCGGGGUCGAAUUCUGCACACAGGCUGCAGGCCCUCCGCUGCCACCCAACGACGUGCAGGUCCAGUGUGGACAAGCUCCAGGGAUUCUGCAGGUUCACUGGAAGCCACCAUUGUUGACGCCCUUGGGGACCUCCAAUGGUGCCAAUGUCAUUGGCUAUGCAGUGUGCACCAAGGGCCAAAGGAUUGCUGAGGUGUUGUACCCACUGGCUGACUUUGCAACAGUGGAUCUGAACUGUAUCCAGUGUUUGGAGGCCCGUGAGGUUGUGGUCAGGACUUUAUCAGCACAAGGCGAAAGCCAGGACUCACAUGUCGCCGUCAUUCCAAGCAACCUGCUUGUGCCUCUACCACAGGCCCAUCUUCCACCUCACCACAUGCAGUCUCCUCUACCACACCAAGUGCCCCAGCCCCUGCCUCCACGUCCUGCACUCCCACCUCCAAUGCAGCCUCUUCCACCUCAUGCUGGCCCUGAUACAAGUUCCCAUCUUCAAGCGCUUCCCAUUCGCCCAAACCAGCCAGUCACUCAUCUUCAGCCUCAUCCUGUGCCCCAUCCUACUCAGCCAUCUCCUCCUCACCUCCAACCUUUACCUGCUCAUCCCUUCUCCCAGCCCCAGCCUACCAUCCCAAUACCUCAGCCCACAAUCCCAAUACCUCAACCCACUAUCCCAAUGCCUCAGCCCCACAUUCCCCAGCUGCCCCUUCCCCAGCCACAGAGACCACCAAGUGCCAGAGAACUGGAAACCAAAGAGCAGGUACCAGGCAUGCUUCACCUUGCUGGGGGUCCUGCACAGCCAUGGGAGCCUGUGUGUUCUCCAUCUGGCCUUCCCCCAGCUCUGCCACAUGGACAAACUCUUGAGGCACCACCAUGCCCUAACCGCCGCUCACCUUCUCCUCAGAGAAUCCUCCCCCAGCCCAGAGGCACACUCAUCCCGGAUACAAUGGCCAAAGCCAUCGCCCGUGAAGCUGCCCAAAGAGUGGCUGCAGAGAGCGGGCGGAUGGAGAGGCGAAGUCAGGGCUUUCACUCUCAGAACUCAGAUGAGGAAGAGGAUGAGGAAAGCUUUCAGUCUCGCAGAAGAGGAGCAUCUGUGGAUGACUUCCUCAGGGGCUCAGAACUGGGCAGGCAGUCCCACUAUAGUCACAGUGAAGAGUACCAGACAGAAAGCAGCCGAGGUUCAGACCUAUCUGACAUUAUGGAGGAGGAUGAGGAGGAGCUGUACUCUGAAAUGCAACUAGAGGAUGGACGACGGCGUAACUCACACAGUGCUCUUAAGGUUGGAGGCAACAUUUCUUCUUCAGGAAGACUGGAUCGAGACUCUAAUCGGAGGCCAGCUCAUGGAGGUCCUCAGCCCCAGCACAGACCCCUCAUAGUCCCCUCUAUUGAGAUAACCACUGAGAGUAACAGUGAGGGGAAUCGUUCUCCAGUCAUGAAGGAUGUUUACUAUGGCCAUGUAGUGUGGCACAGGACAUGGUGUUCACGGAGGCAUGGUGGCCACAGGCCUCCUUAUGGAGGUUACAGGGACAGAGGACGGCGGUCUCCUCCAUACUAUGAUGAGUCUGAGCCUGAAGACCCUUUCCGUAUCUUUGUAGCAUUGUUCGACUAUGACCCUCUCUCCAUGUCCCCGAACCCAGAUGCCGCUGAUGAAGAGCUUCCUUUUAAAGAGGGACAGAUCAUUAAGGUGUAUGGGGACAAAGACACUGAUGGGUUUUAUCGUGGCCAGAUCCGUGGCAGAUCUGGCCUCAUUCCAUGUAACAUGGUGUCAGAGAUACAAGCUGAGGAUGAGGAGACGAUGGAUCAGCUCAUGAAGCAGGGCUUUCUACCCCUCAAUACCCCAGUGGACAGAAUAGAGCACAGCCGAAAAGGUGGCCGGCACCCUGUGGCUACUAGAAGAAUGGUCGCUCUUUAUGACUAUGACCCCAGGGAGAGUUCACCAAAUGCAGAUGUUGAGGCGGAGCUGACGUUCUGUGCUGGUGACAUCAUUGCUGUAUUUGGGGAGAUAGAUGAAGAUGGUUUCUACUAUGGUGAGAUUAAUGGACAUCGCGGUCUGGUUCCCUCCAACUUUCUAGAAGAAGUGCCUGACGACGUGGAGGUCUAUCUCACAGAGACUCCGUCCCACCAUGAACAGGAAGAGGCAGUUCCAGCACCGCGCCCUGAGCCUAAACGGGUACCAGUGGAACACACAGUUCCAGCACCCGUCCUGGGAAGACCGGCGUCCCCGAUUGUGCGUCCUCUGCUCCCUGUGUGCUCCGCCCGUCCCCUUAGUCCUGCCAGGGGACCACGAGACCUGAAAAAGAAGAAAGGCCUGCUCUCCAAGGGGAAGAAACUGCUCAAAAAGUUCUCAAAGUAA